AUGUACAAGGGAGUAGCUACCAGUAAUUCAAAGUCCAUUGAGUGUGUGAAUCUGAGCCGCCGCAACCAGCUCAGGGCAGCCGCAGCUGCCUCUUCCUCCGCGGCGCCGUAUGUCCCAUCUUCUGGGGGAGGCAAGGGCUCCAUCAACGUAGUGGCGAUUGUGCGGGCGUGCCGGGUCUGCGGCCAUCGUAACUCGCAACCCUUCGCCGCAGCCCACGUGGCGCGUCAGGUGGCGGAAGCCGAGGCGAGGGCGCUUGAACAGUAUAAGAUGGAGCGACAGGAGCAGAAACAACCGGAGCAGCCCCAAGAGGCCUUGCUUUCAGACCAGCAGCAACAGCAACCUGAAUCGCAACUGCUGCAGCAGCAACCGGAGUCGCAGCUUACGCAACUUCAAAUGGAGAGACUUCAGCAACCGGAGGUGCAGGAGGAACUGCGGGGACCGGACACGGAGCAGGAGCAGGCCGAUAAUGGCAACCGAGAGAUGAAUGGAGCAGAGGCGGUGACCUCGAGUGACGAGCCUGCAGCCACCACAGCAGCCGCAGCCCCUGACGCAGCAGCCCCGGCAGACGAGACGCCGGCGGUCCCUUGUGGCUUUCAAGACGCUGCGGGCGGCAUUGCAGAGGCUCUUACUGCUGCUGCAGACGCUCCGGCCGUUGCUCCUGCAGGGAAGGGCGCUACUGUGGCUGCGCCUGUAUACAUGGGCAUCAAAAUGGCUCAGGAAGGAUGGCCCACGUCCGCCGAUGGGCUUAAGGUUCCGCAGGAGGAUGCGGGAAAUGGAGCGACCGGCACCCGCAGGGACGAGUGGCUUGGUGGUGAUCCCAUCAAAGCGGCAGAAGCUGGCCACGCGAUUGAGGCAGCGGCUGCUGCAACAGUUGCAGCUGUGGUGGCGGCUACGGCAACAGCAACUGGUGUAGAUGCGUCACAUCAAGCGGAUGAGGUGAUGGACACCGAAACUGCUGUAGACGCCGCAUCAGCUCCCGCUGCCGAUGCUGAUGCUGCUUAUGGGGUCGACAACGCAAAUCGGCCUGGCGAAGCAGCGACUGUCGAUGCCGCGAAUGUUGAUGCAGAUGCUGGCAUUAUUGUGGCGGCGGCUGGCAACGCGCCUGAGCGAGCCGCGGGCACGGAGGGCGAGCCAGCGGUGGUCACACAGCCCCAGGUCGAGGACGACGUCAAUGCUGCAGCGGCUACGGCGCAAGCGGAGGCGGACGUGGAGGGCAUCUCCCGUUCGUCUGAUGGCGCCGGCUCCACCCAGCCGGUUGUUAGCCCUCCUACCUCCGCAGCUCUGGAGGAAGGACCCGCGGUCGAGGAAGCUCCAGGAAACCAAAUCCUGGAGGCGCUCGUUGUGGAGAAGGGCGAGCAGCAGCACCCGCACUCACAACAGCCUGUCGCAUCGUCUGACGGCAACAACGUGGACGACCUGUUCGCGAGCGCGCCUCCUAUCCUACCUUCACCCGAAGGAGGAGAUGAAGGUGGUGUUGCGACCGAG